GGGCUGUCCGCGCGGGGGGGAGCGGGAGGGGACUCGAGUGGGGGAUUCGAGGGACGCUGCAGCCCCGCCCCCGCCCCGUCUUGUCCUCCUCUUCAGAACCGGAGGAGCCGGGGAGCAUGGACCAAACCCGGCUGCUCUGGAACCAUGACGCUCGCCUGCUUUGUGGUGGCUCUGGUUUUAGGGGAGCUCCCCGAAGUGAUCGGCUUUGAUCUAGUCGUCACUUAUCCCCUCCACCACCGCUAUCGCCAAUCGCCCCCGGCAAGUCCCUGGCACCCUCAUUACCUUCCCACCCAGCAGCGACCACAGAGGACGCCUCCGCCGCCCCCUGUCCCGCGCGUCCCGCGCCCCCCGCACGCGCUGCAUGCCCAGCGCCUGCACGCCCUCCACGCCGGGCGCACGCCGGGGCCGCACCACCGGGACUGCCCCGCCGGCGAGCUCUGGGUCAACGUGACGGACUUCGGCGCCCCUUGUCUGCGCUGGGCAGAGGUGCCGCCCUUCCUGGAGCGGUCGCCCCCGGCGAGCUGGGCUCAGCUGCGAGGGCAGCGCCACAACUUCUGCCGGAGCCCGGACGGCGCGGGCCGACCCUGGUGCUUCUAUGGGCACGCCCACGGCAAGGUGGACUGGGGCUACUGCGACUGCAGACACGGGUCAGUGCGGCUUCGAGGUGGCAAACAUGAGUUUGAAGGCACUGUGGAAAUAUAUGCAAAUGGAGCUUGGGGCACAGUCUGUGGCAGCCACUGGGAUGAUUCUGACGCCUCCGUCAUUUGUCACCAGCUGCAGCUGGGCCGAAAAGGAAUUGCAAAACAAACCCCAUUUUCUGGACUGGGCCUUAUUCCCAUUUAUUGGAGCAAUGUCCGUUGCCGAGGAGAUGAAGAAAAUAUACUGCUUUGUGAAAAAGACAUCUGGCAGGGUGGGGCGUGUCCUCAGAAGAUGGCAGCUGCUGUCACGUGUAGCUUUUCCCACGGCCCAACGUUCCCUGCCAUACGCCUCGUGGGUGGGAGCAGCGCGAGGGAAGGCCGAGUGGAAAUCUACCAUGCUGGUCAUUGGGGGACCGUCUGUGAUGACCAGUGGGAUGAAGCAGACGCAGAGGUGAUCUGCAGGCAGCUGGGCCUGAGUGGCAUUGCCAAAGCAUGGAAUCAGGCGUAUUUUGGGGAAGGCUCUGGUCCAAUCAUGUUGGAUGAGGUACGCUGCACUGGGAAUGAGCUUUCUAUUGAGCAAUGUCCAAAGAGUUCCUGGGGAGAGCAUAACUGUGACCAUAAGGAAGAUGCUGGAGUGUCCUGUACCCCUCUAACAGAUGGAGUCAUGCGACUUGGAGGUGGUAAAGGCAGCCACGAGGGCCGCCUGGAGGUGUAUCACCGGGGACGGUGGGGGACUGUCUGUGAUGAUGGCUGGACUGAGCUGAAUACAUACGUGGUUUGCCGACAGCUGGGAUUUAAAUAUGGCAAACAAGCCUCUGCAAACCACUUUGAAGAAAGCACAGGGCCCAUAUGGUUGGAUGACGUCAGCUGCUCAGGAAAGGAGUCCAGUUUGGUUCAGUGUUCCCGGAGGCAGUGGGGAAGGCACGACUGCAGCCAUCGGGAGGAUGUUGGCAUCACCUGCUACCCUGGUGGCAAUGGAUACAGACUAUCUCUGGGUUUUCCUAUCAGACUGGUGGAUGGAGAAAAUAAGAAGGAAGGACGAGUGGAGUUGUUCAUCAAUGGCCAGUGGGGAACCAUUUGUGAUGAUGGCUGGACUGAUAAGGAUGCAACUGUGAUCUGUCGUCAGCUUGGCUACAAGGGCCCUGCCAAAGCAAGAACCAUGGCUUAUUUUGGAGAAGGAAACGGACCCAUCCACGUGGACAAUGUGAAGUGCACAGGAAACGAGAGGUCCCUGGCUGACUGUAUCAAGCAAGAUAUUGGAAGACAUAACUGCCGCCACAGUGAAGAUGCAGGAGUCAUUUGUGAUUAUUUUAGCAAGAAGGCAACAGGUAACAGUAAUAAAGAAUCCCUCUCAUCUGUGUGUGGCUUGAGAUUACUGCACCAUCGGCAGAAGCGGAUCAUUGGUGGGAAAAAUUCUUUAAGGGGUGGUUGGCCUUGGCAAGUAUCCCUCCGGCUAAAGUCAUCCCACGGAGAUGGCAGGCUUCUUUGUGGGGCCACGCUCCUAAGUAGCUGCUGGGUCCUUACAGCGGCGCACUGCUUCAAGAGGUAUGGUAACAGCACAAGGAACUAUGCUGUUAGGGUUGGGGAUUAUCAUACUUUGGUGCCAGAAGAAUUUGAAGAAGAAAUCGGAGUUCAGCAGAUUGUGAUUCAUCGGGGGUAUCGACCUGACAGCAGUGACUAUGACAUCGCUCUGGUUAGAUUAGAAGGACCAGAAGAGCAAUGUGUUAGAUUUAGCAGCCAUGUUUUGCCGGCCUGUUUGCCACUCCGGAGAGAGAGGCCACAGAAAACCGCCUCCAAUUGUUACAUAACAGGAUGGGGAGACACAGGAAAAGCCUAUUCAAGAACUCUACAACAAGCAGCCAUCCCCCUGCUUCCCAAGAGGUUUUGUGAAGAACGUUAUAAGGGUCGGUUUACAGGAAGAAUGCUCUGUGCUGGAAAUCUGCAGGAACACAAACGUGUUGACAGCUGCCAGGGAGACAGUGGAGGACCACUCAUGUGUGUUCGGUCAGGAGAGAGUUGGGUUGUGUAUGGGGUGACCUCCUGGGGGUAUGGCUGUGGAGCCAAGGAUUCACCUGGUGUCUAUACCAAAGUCUCAGCCUUUGUACCUUGGAUAAAAAGUGUCACCAAAAUAUAAUCCUUCAUAGAAAUCUGAAGGGAAUAUGUUGGAAAAUUUUCAACCUCUACAUUAGCACUCAGCCAGAGAUGCCAACUUACGGGGAUGAGAGCCAUGUUCCUGCUUUUGUGUUGUGAUUAAAUCAUGUAUACCAUUGCUGCUUGAGAAAUUUGUGAUGUGAACAUUCUUUGUUAGAUACCUCAGUGUAGUACUAAUUAUUCUUGAUUAGCACUGAAGUCUUUAUUCUCAUCUCUCCAGAGAUUACUGUAUAUCAGUUGUGCAAUAAGGCAGUCUUUAUUCAUUUGGCUUACGAGUUUAUAAUUGAAUCAGUACUCUUUAUUAAAAA